AUGGCUGCUCGAGCCUUGGACAGAAUGCGCAAGGCUCAAUCCCUCAUUCGCGAAUGCCAUAGCUGGUUUGUGGAAAACGAGGAAAUCCUGCUGGCAGUUGAGUUAUGCCAAAUAGAGGGAAGGCUUGCACUUUUCUUUGAGAACAGAUGUUUUGCUAAUUCUCCCUGUCCUGGACUUCGAGACGAGCAGCUUCCCCGCCUUGUGAGUACCGAGUGCUCUAUAUCAGAUGAUUAUGCUUUGAAUACUAACAUUAUAUUACCAAAAGCCUCCAUCCAACGGUGUCACAGACGCGGAACCCACCGCCAGCCCUACAAUGGUGGCCGCAAACCCCAUCAAAUCAACAGGAGCAGGACUGAAGUCCCUGCAAGUCGCGCAGGCGGCGGACAAAAUGCCCGGGUUCAGGCAGCGAUUACAUCUAGAGGCAAAGUGAGCAAGUUGACCUACCCUAAUGCUGACGUCAAAAUCCCUCGAGUUCGAGCUGCUGUGACAAGAGCAUCACCGCCAACGGGUGUGCUCCUAGAUUUCGACAACGACGUGGAACUCGUCCAACUGCCACCAAAUAUGGUAGCAGACAUGGAAGCAGCAAAUUCGGCCGAUGUCGGAUCAAAGGAAAAGCAGCCCUUGCCAGGGGGGCCCGCUGCCGUAAGCAGCGAUGAGCCAGCUCUGGGGGGUUUGGUUCGGGUGGACGGUGACGAUAGGUCCCUACACCAGACCGUUGCUACUGCGGCCGGUACCGCCUCAGCAGGUCUGGACUCUUCCGUCGGCAGCUACUGUUCUCCCCUGGCGGUUGAAGAAGGUGUUGUCCCAGUCCCAGACCCGUCCCAGCCACAGCUGCCAGGUUCGCCUGCGUGCGACUCCCCUGAGGACGAGUCAUCUCAUACAUCGCAAACAUACCAGCGGGUGAAUGAGACCACCGAGUUCCAAAAAGGCAAUUUUAGUGACGAGUUCCCUGUGUUGACCAGCAUAGGAGGUUUCACCGAGGACGUGUUGGUUGAUCUUGACGACGAUUUGGCUGUUAUCCUGCCAGGUGGGACCGACACAGACACUGAAAGCACUACUCAUAUAGAAGAAAAGGAUUUUCUUGUAGGUGGCGUUGACUCCCGGGCUUGUCAUAAUCUUCAAACCGAGGAUUCGGAAGACGAUGAAAUCGUUUUCCAGGGAAAGGAAGCAAAUAGCAUCUGUCCGGACUUCAAGGCCUUGUUUGUCAGUUCUGACAAUGACUCUCAACCCUCUCAUCGUGCUAUUGAUCUUAAAGCAAUUUCCGAGAAAUAUUCCGAAGUGAUCAUUCGCAAGUGA